GCACCUGCUUCUGCCAUGCUGUGGCUAGCCUUACCCGUUGCGCUAUAUUUUCUGCGGGGACGCCUUGCCGGGACUCUGGCUCCUUUGCUGCAGUCGCUGGACCCGCAAAAGACGGCCUUUCGGGGACACCUGCUGACCUUGGUACUUGGGUUGGUGUACAUCUUGCCCCUGGAGUUCGUAGGCCUGAGAGCCGUCAAAAGGCCAGUAUAUCUCAGCAGUCUCUGGUGUAACAUCCUCACGCUGCUGUGGACGCUGAAGUCCAACUAUGGGACCCCUCCAAUGCCCGCGGUCGGCAACGUGGUCUCCAACUUUAGGCAACAUGGCCAGGCCGCCAUCCAGAUGAUGAUCCAGCCCUUAGUACCGUGGCUCACGAAGGCCAUGAAUGGUGCAGACUUCCAUUGGCUUUUCUUUGUGCUGAUAUGGAUGGCCGCAUAUCCAACAGUUUGGGUCAUACUGAUCAUCGGUCGCCGUUCUCUGUGGUCGGUAGGCACCUACUGCACGAAGAACCUGCCAGAGAACCGGAUCUGGAAGGCAUUCGCAGGAACCUGGGGCAAGCUCAAAGAGCGAGAAGCGGAGGAAGAGUUCGAGUCUGCUGGGUUUCCCCUUUUGCAGCAGGUCCUGCAGGCUAGCACAGUGGCGGAGAUCGUGCUAGGCUUCUGGAUUAUAGUUAGCCUCUUGUUUCCUUGGCGGCAGUUCCUGAUCGUCAUCCUGUACUGGAACUUCUUGAGACAGCGAUACCAGGCGCCCAGAUCGCAUGAGGCUCACCUGAAGGCCUGGCGACAGUUGGGCGUCAAGGUUGCGCCCCUGCUGCAGGCGGCACCCUUCCUGAAUAAGCCUAUUGACAUGGCAAAGGGGUGGUUUGCGCCGCAGCAACAAUGA